AUGUACCCUUUGAGUAUUCCUCAGACACCUUCUCCUCCUUCAUCUCCAGAGUCGGUUGUAAUUAUUGGAAACGAACCUCGUGUAUCUGGUGCAUUCCUUCGUCGUUCUUGUUCCGAUGAUGACAAUGGCUGGGUUACAUGGGCAAGUUCGCCUCCUCGGCCUAUUCCUGCUCUACAUGGGCCACUUUCCCUCCCAUAUGCUCGUUGCCCUUCAGGAGCUGAAGGCACCGUAAUCGAAGGCGAUGAUUUGUCGCACAAGAUCUGGGGACUUGGUACAGGGGACACCCAAAAUAAUGCGCAUACAUCUGGCAAAGCCGAAAUACAAAAUCAAGAGCCUAAAACUUUUGCCAUGCAUACUAAAAUACCCUGUCACGAUACACGUCAGUUGGCGUUCCAGCAUCCAAGACUUAGUGACGACGUGAUAGAUUUAUCAACUAUACCCUCAGCAGCUUACAGUGGCUACCAAACAGCACCCGCCACUUUCGAACGCUAUCUUGCCUCUUCACGCAUUUCCCAUCCUUGUUUUCAGCCAGGCUUGGGGCACCGAGGUGAACAUAGCAAUUCCAAUGACUCGAAAAUAACUACAGGGGUACUAUUCUCGCAACGCGUUGCAAACUUGUGCACCAAAAGGUAUUAUUAUGAUUCUGCAGACAUUGUCGAAAACUCUCGGUCUGGAUUAGAUCUUUCCAAACCUACGACGGAUAAGGCUACAAGUCAAUUCGUUGGAAGUACUCAGAGACGGUUAAAUAGGGCCGCUCCAGCCUUUAUUCCCAGCAUGGGUUGGAGCUCAAAUGAGUCCCACAUCAUGCAAAAGGAAAAUGACCCUUCCACGUUGAACCAUCAGUUCAUGCGACGGGUUGAACUAAGCCAACAAUGUGCUAUUGAGCUGCCCACCCCUCCGAGCACUUCUUCUCCCCGCUGGUCGCCUGUUUUCUCGCAUCCCAUCGACAUAGAACUUUCGAGGGGCGCUUGUGGAGAUCCGAAGAUAUAUUCUCCUCAGCCAGACCUUGACGACUACUCAAACAAACUCAUGUCCAUGAUACAGCAAAUCAAGCAACAGGACCUGAUGAAUUCGUCGAAGAGGCAUUCUCUAGAUGUUGCUCGACAAACCAGAGAGCCUCUAGUACAGAAAGGCCUUGUUGCCAGUACAGCCAACAAAUACCACCAGGAACGGUUUCAGGAAGAUCCUGGUAGGACCAAUGUAUCGCAACCCCCUUUAGACAUCAGGCGCAACCUCUCUCAACAAAAUCCUCGUUCUAUUCCCCUUACUCGAUUGAUUCAACGCAGACUGUCGUCUGUACCGGAGGAAACCAACGGCCCGACCCAAGUACAAACCAUACGACCUCGCGUUUCUCUAGAACCAUUGAUUUAUAUAUCUGCCACAGAACAAUUGACUAGAGGGACAGUUACGUCGACUGCACCCUCAGUACAAUCUAGCACCGAAACUGUAGAUGUCCAACCGGAGGAGCAAAAUCCAAACGCAAUUGUUAAGUUACCGCAUAGACGUGUAGGUCUCCGUGCAGCUCGAACAUUAAGUGGACCCUCGAGUAAAGCGCGGGCCGGAGGCGUUUCUAAGAAAGAAAAGGAGGAAAUUAUCAAUGGCGAAAAUGACAAACCGAAUUCAGAAAUCACACCUGAGAAAGGAAGAGCCGGGCAAAUGAAGAAAUCGAAGCGUUUUGUUCCCAGGCAAGGCAGAUGGGAUAUUUUGGAAUACAUUGGGUGA